GUCACGCGUGCAAGUAGCAGUAAUAUUUUCGUUCUCUCCUGCGCUCCCUCGAGCGUUCGGUAUCUUGUUGUUCUUCAUCGACUGCGCUACGUAAACAUAAUAAUUCGUUGACACGAAGGUAAAAGCCUUUGAAAUAAUUGCGGAGUAGAAAAAAAAUAAAUCGAAGGACAUUAAAAUUAGAGACUUUCGCUGCAGUACAGAAUUACGGAUUUUUUUUUAUUUAUCUUUUUAACUUGACCGGUCGAGUUUUAACGAGUUUAAAAAUGUGUCAAUCCGAAUAAAAGCGAAUGAAAAUAUUCCUCGCGACAUAUUCGUAGACACGAAAACUUUCGCGGUGUUUCGUGUUUACAUUUCUCAUAUUUCCUGAAAAAAACUUUGAGCAGAGAUUUUGCAAUGAGGAGCGAAGAACAUACGAGGAAAAUAACUUGAGAUAAUCGAGCUGUCCGAUCGGGUCGUAAAAGAUUUUUAUACUCGAAACUUUUUCGACAAUAGAAAGCGGAAGUCUCGCGAGACGACGAAAAGUGCGCGCGUGGCGACACUGGUCGUGCACGAGGUACGAUUAAAUUUUCUCACUCGAGAGAAAGAUUUUCGGAGAGUCGUGAGAACAAACGGAGCGGCGGGGCGGGCGACAAAAAAAAGAGGAGAAAAGUUUGUACGAAGUUUUGAAGUUUCAUUCGGAAGAAAUAGAGGUUAGGAAACCUUUUCGCGCGUUCGCUCGGACUUGCCGGUGUUCGUAAAAAAAGUUUAUUCCACAAACCGACGUGAGACUCGUCACGCGGUUUUUUGGCUCGAGGACGAAAAAUACUGCUUAUGAAAAGCUGCCAAAAGGGUAGGUCACCAAAAACGGCGUUGCAUGCAAAACAUGCAUAACCAAGCUGAUACUGAAAGUUCGGGAAAUUUGUAAAUUCGAAAAAUAGAGAACAGAGGGCAGUUCGAGAGUUUCGAAGUGCUCAACUUCUAUACGACACCGACGUGUCUGCUACAUCCGCAUAACUAUAUUUAAAGAUAAAAAAUAACACGCUCCACGAGAACGUAAACGAAAAAAUAUAGUAACGAAAAAAAAAUAAAACAGUGAUCAUCGGCGAGCCGGGGAAAGGAAUACGAGCGAAUAAUCAUCAUAACAGAGUUGGCUAAAAAAAGGCAAAAGGAAAAACAACCAAGGACAAGUGCGAGACUGGUGAAAGAGAGAAUAAAAAAAUAAAGGAGAAAACGAUAGCUGGCAAAGGUGCAUUCGAGUCGCGAUGGUGACCACCAUCGUGAGGCCUUCUCGCUGUGUUUAUUCGACGUGAAAACGAGAAUCAAAUAAUAAGAAAAAAGUGCCGACAGCGUGUGUACGUUCUAUCGGUCGUCGACACGAUCGCUCUCCGUAACGUCGCUUUUUUAUCUCAUCGCACUCGUCGCGCUGUUUUGGUUUUUCCUCCGAGCAGCCACCAGAAAACGUAUUUCGAUAGAAACUUUUAACAAACGCCCUCUUUUUCCUCUCGCUAAUCCACCGCGUGAUUCACACGCUAUUUUUUUUCUUGCUCCCAAGUGUUUGUGUUUUUUUCAACCUUCAAUUGUGGUGGAAUAAUCCUUCGGCAGAGAGGACGAACUAACUUGUGCGCUGCACGGACGUGCCAUUCUACACGAAGAACCAAAGAGCCUCGUGACGCGAAAUGGACUUCGUUAUACUCAAGGUAAACGGCCAGGAUGUCUCGAAUUCAAGUCACGAGGAUGCGGUUCGGUGUUUUCAAUCAGCUCAGGAGCCAAUAAUCGUGGAGGUGUUACGUCGACAACCGGGCCAAACGAUUGGCACGACAACGAGAACCGAGAAUGAGAAAAACAUCGAGGAUUCAACGGUGCGUAGAUCGUUGACGGGAGGGAGUCAAACUGCGACGACGAACACAACAGCGAGCACCGAAACGAACACGAACGGUGACAGAAGCGUUCUUAACACGAGCAAUGAGAAUUCGAGCUGGAAGAGGAAUUCCGUUACCACCAGCUCGACCUUUCCGUUCGUCUCGACCGGGGUGCAAACCGACUGGGCGGGACUCGUUGAUGAGGAUGAACUCCUUCCGGUUCAGUUCAACCCCGAGGAAAGAACGAACGAUAGCUUCGACGAUUUUCUCGCCCAUGAUAUGGACUUUGAGGAAGUUACGCUACGAAAGACCGGAAGCGCUGAGAAACUCGGACUAACCGUGUGCUACAGUUCUGGCUCGGGCAGCGAGGACGCCGACACCGAAGUAUACAUCUCCGAAAUUAUUCCCGAAAGCCUCGCCGCUAGGGACGGACGUUUGCGCGAGGGCGAUCAAAUAUUACGGGUGAAUGGAAAGGACGUCGCGAACAAAGAACAGACGGAAAAUCUCUUUGCCGAGACGAAUAACGCGGUUACCAUACUCGUCAGUCGUUGUCUGUACCAGGAGGAUGAUUACGAUGAUAGACGUUUAUAUAUACAGGGCUCGCCGACAAUAUCUCCCGACAACAUUCCCGCGUACCAGAACAGUAUGAUCGAGCAAUUGAUACGCCAGCAGCAACAGCAGCCGCAGAUGCAUCAACCGAGUGUCGCCGAGACGAACAAUAAAGAUAACGACGGAAAUUUAGCAUCGGUGAGAGGAGCCCCGCCGGUGCCAUCUCACACAGCUUUGCAUUUGACAAACGCGAGUUCGAUCAUAGCACCGAAUUCGUCGUCGACGUGUUCCUCGCAAAAUUCACAGAAAUCAAGUAAGUCGGCGACUUCGCCAGCUCAUCAGAAUGAGGAUCGCAAGCAAUGGCUUCAAGAAGCUCUCAAAGAGUGCACGAAGAGGGUUGAGAACGUGACGAUUCGCACACCGCCCACAACGAUUGCUUCGACGAUAAACAACGCGUCAGUGAAACUGGUAGAAGCUUAUUCGAGUCACGUUUGGAGCGAUACCGAGCACAUUUACGAGACAAUACCGGAGUCGGACAACGAGCCAAUUUAUUCGUCGCCUUACGAGCAUCGACAACACUGGAGUCAAUCGAGUCGUGAACAAAUAGUCAAACAAUCCGAUCAAACCAACGCCACCAAACCGAAUUGGCAUUCUUCUUCCAAGAGCAACAGUUCCGGCGAAGAAAAAGACAGCUCGAGCGCUUACAAUACCGGGGAAUCUUGUCACAGCAAUCCGUUGACUUUGGAGCUGCAUCAGGUCGAGAAAGAUCACCACAAAAGUACCCUCGUUUUGUGCACUCCUACCACCAACGCACCCACGAUAGCGCCCAAGAUCGCCUGCUCCUGCCCCAUCCCCGUCACACCGACUGCCAAACAAACUAGCAAAACUAGUCAAGCCGCGAAAAAGAGCUCGUCGCAUCACCAACAUCGGGAACGCGAUCCAGCCUCGAACAUCGGCCCCAAUACGAGCCUUCCGGCCGACACGAUGUACACCAACGUCGCCAAUCUCGAACAAACCAUCAUCCUGCAACAACAACUCUUCAAACAGGCUUUGAACCGGAAAAAUUUUACCACGCGCGACACCACUGUCAGCACUAGGAAAUCCAAAUCUCAUGGCAACUUCCAAGCCCCCAAUUUAACCCAGUAUCAAUUCAUCGGCAGCCAGCAAGUCUGCGCUAAUACCAACUCGUGGAAUCCACCCGAAGACAAAGGCGACAUCCAAAUGGAAUGGAAAGUCAAGAGACGACCCGAUGGCACUAGAUACAUCACUAAACGACCGGCUAGAAGUCGAGUUCUCAGGAAUCGGGCCAUCAAAAUCUCUGAAGAACGAGCUGGACACACCACCGAAGAUGAUACCAUGUCGGAAAUGAAGGUUGGACGCUACUGGACCAAAGAAGAGCGUAAGCGACAGUUGGAGCGUGCGCGAGAGCGGAAGCAACGCCAGCAAGAAUUAUUCAUCCAACAGCAAUUCCAGUUGCAGCAGAGCGCAAACGACGCACUCAUCAGCAGCGAGCACGCCGAGGAUAAAUCACCGAAGAAACCAUUGAACAUCGUGGAGUUGAGUUACAAGAAAAUGGCAAGAAAAAAAUCAGCUCUGGACGAUUUUACGACUGUACAAGAAAUGUUAGCGCAUGGGAACAGAGUGGGUGGCACCGGUGGCGGACCAGGGGCAGGUGGAAAACUAAUGGGACUACUUUCCGUUACAACAGUCUGAGCUCUUUACCACGAUAACUAUUAUUCCCAAAAAAAUACUAAAAAAUGCGGCGAAAAGAAGAAAAAUUUUGUAGAUAAACGAGAGAAAAUGAAAAUAGCGAAAUAACGAGUUUGCCAAAACUCAUGAUCCUUUCAUCGUUCGCUAACUGUACAUAUAUUAAUAACAGAAAGAAAAAGAAAACACGAAAAAUUAACAAAUGAAUACAUAAAUUAAGUAUUUAGAAUUCAGGAUGUUUUACACGAAAAUAAACUAUAUUAUAAGGAGUAUAUGAAUGACAAAAUACGCUAGGCUUAGGCUUGUAGAUAUGUAUAAUAAAUGUCCCCGCGAAAUCGCAUUAAUGCACGAAACCGCAUAUAUUGUUAGAUGAGUGUCUCAUGGAAAAAUAACAAAAAAAAAAACAAAAAAAAAUAACAUAAAAAUGUUUCAUCUACAACAUAAAAUUCGUCGUCUAUCGAUAGAACUUUAAAUGGAAAAGCAACAAAAAUAACAUUGCAAAUUUCGCUGUUGGUCGUCUGGUUCCUAAUCUGUGUGUGCAUGUGUGUAUGUCUCUCCGUACUAACGUAAACUCGCUAAGUGCCCGAUCAAGGUAUGCGGGAAUACUUGUAUCAAUUCGAUAAAAGAAACCAUAAACAAUAGAUUGCUUUAUUAUGAAAAA